AUGGCAGAAAAAAGUUUACGAACAUUACCAUCUGGUAAAAUGGCCACAACAUUAAUGGCUUAUGCACAAUUAGAAAUUGAUAAUAGUUCGACUUGUAUACCACGACUUUGUAAAUUUAGUAUAGUUCGUGUUGUAUUAAAUCGAGCAAUUGAUGGAGGAGAUUCAAAUGCAAUUGUUAUUGCUGUUAAAAUACAAAGUAAUAAACGAACGUUUCGCUGUUGUGAAAUAUCACUUCAACAAGAUGGAACAUUAGAUGCACCAGUAAAUCUUCAAUAUUUAAUCACUUAUCCUCAUUAUUUUAAACGAGAUAUUAAUAAGAUUCAAAUCUAUGUUCAACGACGUAAAAAUCGACCAAUGAUUGGUUAUAAAACAUUAGCACGUGGUGAAAUUAAUCUUAAUCAAGUCAUUCAACGCCCGCAAAGUCUUGAUUUACAUUUAUAUUCAAAUACAAAUGAAAAAGUCAAGCAAAAUAUACGUUCAACAAUGCAUGAAGAACAAUCAAUUGGAACAAAUGAAGAUAUUCAUAAACGUCCUGUUGGAUAUGUAUCUAUUGUAUCAUUAUCAAGUACAAUUCCAACUGAAUCAACCGAUACAUCAACAACAACAGCAACACGUCCAAAAUUUGGAUUAACAACAAAACGACAUGAGCAUCAUCGUACAACAGAUUUUGAUAAAUCAUUCAAUGAUGAUGAUGAAUAUAUUGAAGAAGAAGAAUUAAAUUCUGAAUUAGAAGAUAGUGAUGUUGAAUUUAAUUUAAAAAAUAAACAACAAAAAUUUAAUCCAAAUAUGAUACGAAAUAAAAUUAUAAAAAUAUUUAAAAGAAAACCAAAUCAAUCAACAAAUACUCCAAAUAGAAAUACAAAUCCAAUAACAACAAAUCCAACGAAUUUAUCUCAUCAACAUGAUAGAUUUAUAGUUGAUCAUCAAUCAGAUUUUGAAGAAGAUCCACCAUCUGAUAUAAGUGAUAGUACUAUACCAGUUGAUCAAUGGAGUAUUGAAUCUGUACCUAAACCAGGUUUUACACCUGUUGAACAUUUACAAGUCCUUAAAUUUUCGGAAGAUGAUCCUUAUACACCAAGAAAAUCAACAAAUCCAUUUGAUAGUAAUGAUAGUCCAUUAGAUUCUGAAUCAUCUGAUUUGGGAUUAGAUACAGAACGAAUGAAUAUUCCACCAUCCAUACAAGUACCUAUAUUAGAAGAAAAACCAUCACGUCCAGCUACAACGAGUAUUGUCAAACAACUUGAUGAACUUUAUACAAAUGAUCGUCUUCCUGAAACUGUUAUAUUUCUUUAUACAGGAAUUAAUCAAUCUAAUAUUACUGCAUCGAAAUUAAAAGAAUAUAAUCUGUCAGUUAUUUCACUUUCAACUUUAAUCGAUGCAAAAGUUGUUUUGAAUAAUUUCAUUCAACGUAUACAAAAAAGUACGAGUCAAUCGAAACAAAUCUCAGUCAUACGUAUUGCCUUACUUGGUGAUGAUGCAUUUGCAAAUUCAUUUCUUCAAUCCUAUGUCGAAUGUUUAGCAUCAAGACCACAUGAGUAUAUGAAUUAUUUUCGUUUUUAUUUUAUUCCAUUAACUUUUUCAUAUUUGGGAAAAUUUCUUGGAAGUUUAGAUUCACAAUAUGAAUCCUUAUUUAGUGCAAUGGAAUUAUCAAGUGAAUUAAUUGAUAUAAGAGAAUUAUCACAGAAGAUUACACGAUAUUUAAAAACAUCUCAACGUACACUUGCCUUACCUGUUGGUGAAGUUAUGCUCAAUCGUAAAGGACGCUUACCGGAUGAAGAUUCAUCACCAACAUUUCUACCAUUUUUUUGUUAUGUUCGUCUUGGUACAUUAUCAUCAACAUCAAAUGAAACUCAAAUGUCAUCUAUUGAUGAUAAUAUUCUUCUAUCAAAAUCUCUAUCUUUGUCAUUAUCAGCAAAUCCAUAUCGUGAUUCAAAAGAUUCAUCAGAUGAUGAACCUACACAACUAAUGUCAACAUCCCCUCAAUCAAAAAUUACAAAUAGUUUAAUAAAAACUUCUCAUAUAGAUGAAUCAACUUCACCAUAUGAUAUAACAGUUGAUUAUUGGACUAUAAUUGGAAAUAAUAAUGAUAAUCAAAAAGAAAAAAAAGAAGGAAUUAGAACAAUAAAAUCAUCAUUAAAAUCUAAUAUACGUUUAUUAACAAUAACAAGACAAGCAAUAAUAAAUGUCGAUGGAAAAAUAUCAUCACCAUUAACAAUGACUUAUGUAACUCGAGAAAAAAAACAAAAAAUUAUGAAAUUCGGUAAAAAACUUAAAGAUUUAUCAAAUGCAAAAAUUAUCGAACCACAAGUCAUAACAGGUAUUAAUCGCCUUGUUUGUACAUCAAAAGCACAAAAUGUUGAAUUAAAAGUAAAUGUUGAUGGACAAGAAUGGAGUAAUGUUAAAUUCUUUCAGAUUUCAUCGCAAUGGCAUACACACAUCAAAUAUUUUCCUUUAGCUAUCUUCAAUGAAUUACGCAAUACAUAG